GCAACACGAGCUUCCGGCGAGGAGGAGUUUAAGAAAUGUGUACGUAGACAGUGAGUGGGACGCGCGAGACGGAAACGGGCUUCAGUUGGGGUUGCGGUGCUUUAAUUUUGCCCCCCUUUGUUUCUUGGGACUUAUAUCGUCUGUGGGGAAAGUGUACAAGUGAAGUGUAAAGAGGGAAGAUGGUGGCGAAGCAGAGAAUCCGCAUGGCUAACGAGAAACACAGCAAAAACAUCACCCAGCGAGGCAACGUUGCCAAGAGUAUGAGGAGCUCCCAGGAUGACAAGGUGUCUGUGGGUCCCUGGUUACUGGCGCUCUUCAUCUUUGUGGUCUGCGGCUCAGCAAUCUUCCAGAUCAUUCAGAGCAUCCGGAUGGGCAUGUAGGACGGUCUGUUCACCUUCUGUCUUCCUCCGUGUCUGAUGUCCCGUGUUCCUCAGACCUUUCUGACGGGGACACCAAAGGCAGUGAAAAACAGCUGUGCAAGAUUGGUCAUCCGUCCUUUGUCUUUUUUCCUUUUAUUCUCAGGCUCUCAAAUACCAGGCUGUUCCACCUGUGUGCCUUAAAGAACAGAAAAACUACGAGCCAAACAGUUCCAACAUUCUCAAUUCCAGUCUGGGACCAAAUACUGUGAUGCUUUCCAUCAUUUGUAGAUGACUCAGUGCUGUAGAAGCUGAGAUUCUGCAUUCCAUUUGUCAAGCUUACAGUGGCUAAUUGAACUCUUUUGGUUUUUAUUCCUAUGAUUUUUGUCUGAUUAUUUUAAGAGUAUAUUUUAGACUUUCUUUCCCCUCCCCUGACCCUUGUUCCCAGUAGGAAGUGGUGCACUAGUGAAAAAUAUCUGGUUUUGAAGGUCCAUGUGCAAGUUUGACAUAAGGCAGAGAGAACCAACUUUUGAAAUGACAGAUGAACAGAAAAUGAAAUGUUUAAUAUGCAUCUUCCUAUCUAUCUUUUCUGACAGUUCUAACUUUGUGUCUUGCUGUCUGUACUUUGUCAAGUUCAGCCCAGAAGGACUGAAUUGUGUGUGUGUGUGUGGGUGGGUGGGUGGGUGGUGUUUGAUCAAGUCAGUCUUCCACCCUGAAAUCGGCAGUUCUGGAGCUACUGGAAAUACAAACUGUCAUCCAGCCAUAAGGACAACGAAUUGUUGGCGUGGGGGGACUGGCUGCUGUGUGCCAUGUGCAAGAGAUUCUGCUUGCUAUCAAUCAAAAUAAAUAUUUGGAAAGCA